AUGACAACUACCAUGAUUAGCUCAUUUAAUUCAAAGGCACUGAAUUGUGUUCUUUGGAACACGCCAAAGUUUUCUUCUCCUCCUCCCAAUUUGUUUUCUUCAACAAAGAGAAGGAGAUUGCAACAAAUUAGGAAGAAGAAGAAGGCUCAUGAUCAGGCCACGGUAAGUACAUUAAUAUCCUCUACUGCCGUUGAUCAGACGACGACGCUGCCCGUCGAACUCACUGCGCUGGUGACUGUAAGGAAAAGUCUGAAGCUAAGCAUCCAAGACAUGAUGCUUCAUUGGUUUGGCAAUCAUGAUCAUUUCUCCCACCACAAGGAAAAGGAAAAGUGUCUUGUUUUACAGCUUGUUAGUACUGAAACUGAAGCAGAGUCCAUGAAGCCAAAGCUGAGUAAUGAAGCUAUAUUGGAUUGGUCCAAGGAUCUAAACCUAAACCUAAUCCUGGGUGCUGGGAAAACCAGUUACGAAGUUAAAUUUGAGGUGGAUCCUAAAUUUGGGAUGCCAGGAGCCAUCACAGUGAGUAACAAGUACGAGAAGGAGUUGUAUUUGGAUAGCAUCAACGUUGAAGGCGUCGUGCAUAUUGCCUGCAACUCUUGGAUUCAACCAGACAAAGAUUCCUCGGAAAAAAGAAUCUUCUUCUCGACUAAGGCAUACUUACCCGAUGAGACACCAGCAGGGCUGAAAGAGCUGAGAGAAAUGGAGCUAAGGCAGCUAAGGGGUGAUGGGACGGGACUUAGAUUACCAUCCGACAGAACAUACGACUAUGACACUUACAAUGACAUUGGAAAUCCAGAUGCGGGGAUUGAAUACAUACGAUCUACCCUUGGGGGCAAUUAUACACACCCACACCCUAGACGUUGUCGAACUGGUCGACCACCAACCAGCACAGAUGAUAAUAUGGAGUCACCGGAAAAUGAAUACAAGAGAAUUUACGUGCCAAGAGAUGAAGAGUUUGAGGAGGCGAAGCAAGGAGCUCUUGACGUUGGAAAGUUGAAGGGGAUUCUCCGGCAUAUAAUUCCUACCCUUACAAUUAUUGCUAGUAGGGACAGCAAUGUUUUCAAGGGGUAUGCAGAUACCAACUGUCUCUAUAGUACUAACAAGUCUUUACCCAAGAUUUUGAACAAAGUCCAGGAAUUCCUCAAAUUUGACCCUCCAAAGUUAAUCUCUGGGCUUAAAUCUUGUUGUUUGCCAGAUGAAGAAUUUGGGCGUCAAGCAAUUGCCGGCGUAAACCCUAUGAGCAUACAAAGGCUCACGGUUUUCCCACCUGUUAGCAAAUUGGAUCCCUCCAUUUAUGGUCCACAAGAGUCGGCACUCAAGGAGGAGCAUAUAAUAGGCCAUCUCAAUGGCAUGUCAAUACAGCAGGCAUUAGAAGAAAACAAGCUGUUCAUACUAGACUAUCAUGACAUUUUCCUUCCAUAUCUGGACCAAAUAAAUGCUUUGGAUGAUCGAAGAGCUUACGGAACCCGUACAAUUUUGUUCUUGACCUCAUUGGGAACCUUGAAGCCCAUUUCUAUUGAACUCAGCUUCCCUCCAACCAAUUCGGAUUCACCAUCAAAGCAGGUUCUCACUCCUCCAGUUGAUGCUACAACAAAUUGGCUUUGGCAGAUUGGCAAAGCCCACGUCUCGUCCAACGAUGCCUGUGCUCAUCAACUGAUUCAUCAUUGGUUACGCACCCAUGCCUGCAUGGAACCACUUAUAAUAGCAGCCCACCGGCAGCUGAGUGUGAUGCACCCUAUCUACAAGCUUCUCAAUCCUCACAUGCGCUACACCUUGAAGAUGAAUGCAUUGGCCCGCCAAUUUCUCAUCAAUGCUGGAGGCGUAAUCGAGUCGAAUUUCACUGCUGGUAAAUAUUGCAUGGAGAUGAGUUGUGCUGCUUAUCGAGAUUGGUGGCGCUUUGACCUUGAGGGCCUUCCUGCAGAUCUCCUUAGAAGAGGCAUGGCAGUACCAGACUCUACUCAAGUCCAUGGGAUAAGACUGGUAAUUGAAGACUACCCUUAUGCAACAGAUGGACUCCUCAUAUGGUCAGCAAUUGAGACAUUGGUCCGAACGUAUGUCAAUUACUACUAUCCUGAUGCAAGUGCGGUUAAUUUUGAUACUGAACUGCAGGCCUGGUACAAUGAGUCAAUCAAUUUAGGCCAUGCUGAUCUUCGCCAUGCUAGCUGGUGGCCUAAACUCUCUACUCCAGAUGAUCUUACAUCCAUUCUCGCCACCAUCAUUUGGGUCACAUCGGCACAGCAUGCUGCCUUGAACAAUGGGCAGUAUCCAUAUGGCGGGUAUGUCCCGACCCGCUCACCACACAUGCGGAGACUACUACCAGAGGAGCAUGACCCAGAGUAUACUACUUUCAUGCAGGAUCCACAGAAAUACUUCCUAUCAUCAUUCCCCAGUUUACUCGAAGCAACAAAGUACAUGGCUGCAAUAGACAUCAUUUCAGCGCACUCACCGGAUGAGGAGUAUAUUGGGGACAGAAAGGACUUGUCAACCUGGUCAGCUGACACUCUGAUUAUUGAGGCGUUCUACAGAUUUUCUAUGGAGAUGAGGAGGAUAGAAAAAGAGAUUGAACAAAGAAAUACUGAUUCAAACCUUAGGAACAGAUGUGGGGCUGGGGUUUCCCCAUACGAGUUGCUCAUGCCAAGCUCAGAACCUGGGGUUACAUGUAGAGGAGUGCCCAAUAGUAUAUCAAUCUGAGUCAAUUUUACAUAAAAGUUGGCUAUGAGCCUAAAUCAAUCGGAAUUUCUAAA